CCCACUUUUGACAGGAGGGCUCCGGCUGUCGGUCGUGGCAGCUGUCCGCCGGCAUUCCAGGAGUGACAUCACUCAGGACAGACUCUCAGAACACCGGGACAGCGGAACACUCCUUAUUUUGUCCCAGAGCCACUGCAGUCCCCCUUUCCUGCCUCACACCCCCUGGACAGUGCCUCCAGACCGGGACCCCAGCAGCACAAUGGCGGACCAGUACAACGCCAACGAGGAGAAGAUCAUGAGGGACAGCCACACCAAGGAGAUCGAUCUGAUCAACAGGGACCCCAAGCAGAUCAACGAGGACGUGGUCAAGGUGGAUUUCGAGGAUGUGAUCGCAGAGCCAGACGGGACUCACAGCCUUGAUGGGGUGUGGAAGGCCAGCUACACCACCUUCACCGUGUCGAAGUACUGGUGCUACCGCAUCCUGUCGGCCGUCUUCGGCAUCCCCGUCGCCCUGCUGUGGGGCUUCCUGUUCGCCUGCAUCUCCUUCUGUCACAUCUGGGCCGUCAUGCCCUGCAUCAAGAGCUACCUGAUCGAGACCCAGUGCCUGAGCCGCAUCUACUCCCUCUGCAUCCACACCUUCUGCGACCCCCUCUUCGAGGCCCUGGGCAAGAUCUUCAGCAGCAUUCGAGUGGCCCUGCGCAAAGAGGUCUAGGUCUAAAGGGUGUGCCCAAGUUCUGUUCUGUCACACUCCCCUCAGGCGUAUGGCAGCAUCUGACACGUACCCCCGUACAACCCUCCCUGCCCAGACCCACACCGACUUACAGUAGUGACAGCCCUGGAACUUUCCGUAGGACUGGGAGCUUCAGCUGUCAACCAAAGAACGUUAACAGCUUCAUCCAAUGGCAGGGCUCUGCCCUCCUUGACCUGGCCCUGCCCAGUAUUUUACUAAAUGAAGUCCUGAAGCUGGUGGAAGCUGUUUUGUGUGACAUUACCUCUACAUGACAUCAGUGAAAAGAAGGCAGGUCUCAGUACACGGCCCUGCUAGUCAGCGUGUAAACAUUGAGUAACAAUGAGUUACAUUUGGAGGAGUCUAAAUCAAAUUUAAAAGAUACAAGAUUUGUAUUUAUUUUCUAAAUUCCCCCAUCUUAGAUUUUUUCCAUUUAAAAAUUUUGAAAUAAAUAUGUAAAAAUGUAGGAAGUAUUUACUUGUGAUGUUUCAUAUUUCAGAAUAUAGAUAACAUAUUUAAUAAUUAAAGCCUUAUCAAUUGUGUGGU